AUGCCAUAUAUCCCACCUCCUUAUCCCCUCACCGACGACCAUCGAAUCGCAGCUAUUCUCCGCGAGGCUGGGCUGGAUGCACCGGGGCUAAUUCCAUCGUUGGGUGUAUUGACCGUUGGUACCUUCGAGAAUGAGGCUUCCAUUCCAUACAACAUCCAAGAAGCACAACUCUUGCUCGUUCAAGAAGGAGCCAGCGACCUUGACAGGCGGAAACGACAUAUCUUCUGGUCGAAGAGUAAAGAGGCAAAACGGAAGUCAGCCAAUUGGGUUUUCACCAAGAAUGAGGUCGCGAGAGCAUUUAAUUUUAUCUUGUCUCGCAAGCCCCUCCCAGCGCCUGGAAUUGCACAGGCAUUACUGUAUCACGCAUCCGUCGCUUCCUUGGAAGAGCUAUGGCGCCACUUUUGCGAUCCCAAUUUGGAGAAAGAAGAGGAAAGGGCGCAGGUUACGAUAUCUGCCAACUCUCGCAAGAUGACGUGGCUUGACCAAAUCUAUGCGCAAGAAAAUCUUGAAUACAUCCUUUUGGUUUGCCAGGUUGGUUUGGACCAGGAUGCAUUGAACCGGGCGUUCGAAAUCGCACUCUCGAAACACUCAAUGGACGCAAUGAAGACGCUUCUCGCCCUCGGUGCAGUCGUUUCUCCUGCCUGCCAAAAUACUCUCCAUGAGCGUGUCAAGCAGCACGAUCUUGCUCUUGUGAGACUUCUCUUAUCGGCUCCAAACGCCAUAAGCGCCGAAACUUGGCGAGGUUGCUUAGAGCCCGAAGUUCACAGCUUGGCAACAGAAUGGAUACAAAUUCUGCUACUAUGUAUCGCUCAUCGCCCCGAGAUAAUUUCCAUGGACAUGCUCCAAAAGGCCUUGAAAGUAGAGAACCUCCGGGCCACUGCAAUCAUGCUCGCUUACGAGUUUGCAUCUCAAGCUGGGUUUUCAAAACACCCACAUGGUUCUUGGGUAGGGUACUUCAACGACGUCCGCCAACUCGCAUGUGAACUUGUGUCCCGAAUUCCAGACAACAAGCACAGACACAAGUUUUUUUCCGUGCUCGUUGAAGCUGGACUCGUGGCAGACAGUUUGGUUCUUCGCCAAGAGCUGGUAAAUGACGUGAAAAAUCGACAACUCUCACUGAUCAAACUAUUGGUGGACGCUGGAGUCAUGGUAGACGUGGAGCCCCAUAACGCAUUUCACUGGGCUGUUACACACUUGGAGUUAGACACCCUGAAAUUGUUCAAAAGUUGCAAGUUCACUUCGCCCGUCUCGCUGGCAAUGAACCUUGUGCCCAGUUCAACAUCAGACUCGGAUCUGUUACGUCUUGUGGAAAUUCUGGGCCCGCUGGGACUUACCGGUCAACCCCUGGACCCGUACUUAAUUCGUGCUGUGCGAAGCCAGCAUAUUCAGUUGGUCGAUACGCUAAUUCUAUAUGGCGCGUCAGUUGAGUUUGGACAUGCUGCCGCCAUACGGGCAGCCCUGGAACAUCUUGGAAAUGCGAACUUUGACAUACUAAACAUCCUUCUCCGAAUUAAGUGUUCGCCAAAGCUUCUUUCGACCACCAUACCCACCGCUAUGGCCCUAAGACCAAGGCAUAUUCGACUGCAGGCAAUGAAAGCUCUUCUCGAAAAAGGAGUACUGCGUCAAGCGCUUGGUCAUCCGUUAGACACUCUGGUCUCAGAAGAGGGCGUCCUAGACUCCGAACUAAUUCAGCUCUUACUUCAGCAUAAAGCACCAGUGGACGGAGUCGGUAAUAACACCAACAAUGCUGUCUUGGUAGCCGCUCGGAGAGGCAAUUUUCCGAUCCUCAGAAUGCUAUUCGACGCUAGCCCAGGAGAAGAAACUAUAUCCAAGGCUGUUGCUGUUGCCUUUGGUGCGAUAGAUACUUGUGGGUAUGAUAUGGCGCUAAGUAUGAUUAAGCUAUUGCUGCCAAAAGCAGCGGUUGAUCUACCAAUCCACCAGACUCUCCAGAACGCAGCUAGUCAAGAUCGAUUGGAGAUUGCACGCCUCUUGCUACAACACGGUGCUGAUGCAAACCACGCGAGAGGCGCUGCACUUGGUGCUGCAAUCGCGAGGUCGAAUCUCGCUCUGCUUCGAAUACUAUGUACAUCCCGCCAAUUUAGCCAAGCAAGCAUUGCAUCUGCAUUUCUAGUUGCUGUUGAUCCGCGGAUUUACACCUCUGAGGCUGUGGAACUACUGCUUAGCUGCGCCCAAAAUUCAGGUGGUGUGUUGAAUACUCUGUGGUCUUCGGAUAUACUAAGAGGUAAUCCGAAUGCAACCGCGAUUGUUUCUUCUCUCAUUCGAUAUGGCCUAGAUGUGAACAUCGAAAAUGGAGAGAUCCUCUCCUUCGCUAUCCAGGAAAGAAAUGAUCGUCUUCUCACCAGAGCUCUCUCCGCAAACCCGAGCAUUACCUCAUUAACUGCGGCGUUUCGUACCGCCACGUACGCCCGCCCUAGACGCUUCCAACUUGACACUAUGAGAGCUAUUUUGGAGAAAGGAGACUCAAACGAGAUUGGACAAUCAGAAUCGAUAUUGCAAGAGGUUCACUAUACAUUGUCUGGUGAUCAAGCAGGCCUUCGGCUUUUCCUUCGUCAUCAAGCAGUAGCCACUCUCCACACCUUCACCAAGGCAUGUCUUGCAGUAGUAUCAUCUCCAAUAAGUGCGAACGAAAAAGACGCUAUCUUCUUAUCACUGAUUGCCCUGAGUGAUAUACCUGACAAGUCAAAAUUACUGGCUCAUUGUGUUACGAACCUUCCAAAGUGCACGCAGCUGCCACAACUAUUGCUGUCAUACGGUGCCGAAGUUAGUUUUGAAAUCCUCACGUUAGCGCUAGAGACGGCUUCUUUCAAUUUGCUCGACAUGUUAUUAAGAACCGUCAAGGGUACCGAAAAUGUGGUAAGAAUUUUCAACCAUGCCCCGAAGAUCGAAAUGACUUCAGGGAGGAGGUAUUGGAUUUACCAGCUUCUAUUGUCCAAAGGAAUUUCAAGCGAGAACGUCUCUAGAGCUCUUGUUGACUCAUUGGAAUCUGAUGUCGGUGGUGAUCUAUCUUUCACGAAAUUAUUUCUCAACAAUGGCGCGUCUUCCUGCUUCCAAGAAGGCAAGGCGUUCUCACUUGCACUUCGCGCAAACUCUCCGAACUCUCUCCUAGCUGUGAAGCUUCUGGCCCAAAACAUUUCCGACGACAGCAUGGCGACGGUGGCAUUUGAUGUUAUAUGCAAGACAGUGUGCGAGACUCCCUUGCUCAAAAGACAUGUUCCGGUAGAGACAUUCCGUAUCCUGUUUGUAUGGCACAUCGACAAAUUGUCUGUCUCUCAAGCGCUUGUAGACAGUUUCAAGGCUGGACUACCCGAUAUUUCCACUUUGCAAUUUCUCCUGGAGAAGGGUGGUGAUCCUAACAAAGACAAUGGCCAUUGCCUUGCAUUAGCGGCGACAGCAGGAGCGCUUGCUGAGUUUCAAGCCCUCAGUAAAUAUGCAAGUUGCUGGGUACUUCUCGAAGCACUUCUGGAGAAUAUGCAAGAGGAGUCGGAAAUAAUAAAGUGGUUUGAGGUUUUUAUUGGGGGACGAUCUCGUUUGAGCUGGAAUCCUCACUUUAUCUUCCAUGAAAAGGACAAGCUGGUGUACAAAUGCAUGCGAAAGUUUCCCACGGGAACCAAGCUGUUGAGAUUUCUUCUUGAUGUGGCUGGGUUGUCUGCUUCCACGAAAGAAGAUUAUUCCCUUUGCACUGACUGGAAGACCGAACCAUGUACAGCUCUGAUCUGGGCUCUUUUUUCACAACCUCGAAUUGCGAAUGACACCAUCCUUGUGCUCCUAUCUAGAACUGAUGCAGCACUUCCGGCUUAUUCGACACCGCUGACAAAAGUAUCUGCAGCUUUUGGCUGCUUACUCGACACAUCGCGCACUCCUAUUCUGAAAGCACUGCUCGAUUGGGAUAGAGGUCUGAUAUUAGACUACGCAAUUCCUGGUUCUUCGUUCGGUCCUCUAAGUUCGCAACCAGGGGCAUUCGAAAAGGACUCGGACAUAUUAGAUUCCACAGGAGAGCUCCCUCUGCGCGAAGCCUCUCUAUACCUAGGCAACUGCAAAGCCUUUCGCCUCAUAGCGCCUGAAGUAACGCGCAAUGACGGAACGCUUCAUCUAGCUGCACUUCUAGCGCUGCCUAAAUUUGUCAAGUGGCUCCUGAAAACCCAUGAUCCAAACCAUAAAGCAGAGGAGUUCGACAACAUGGUCCCGCUUGCCCUCGUCUGCAAAGCAAAAUACCUGCCUUGGUGCAAGAUUGCCAAUAAUAAAUCGCACUGGAGAAAGCGGCAGCAACGGACGAUGGACCUCCUAGCUGGCGUAACCCAACCUGAGUGGGGGCAUAGGAACAUGACGAUUCUCCAUUGGGCAAUGGAAAACGGCGUCGAGACGACACGGGCGAUGGUCAAAGCACUGGACUUUUGUCACGAUUCAGAAAAGGACACGAAGUAUCUUUACACGGACCGAGACGGAGUAGAAUACUCCCCCAAACAGUACGUGAGGAAGAUUUUGUGUGCCGAGGACGCGGAGAAGAUAGAGCUCAUCUCGUGCCUCGAGCAUGAGUAUGUUAUACCUCGGCCACGUUCGAAACAUAGGAUGAAAUGGUAUAGUUCCAAAAUUGCUAAACGAGCAACAUCUAUAAAGUGA